AUGCCCGAAGAGCUUGAAAAGGCGACAGGUGGUUAUUAUACGCCCCCGGCCACCGGUGGUUUGGUCGAGAGGGUUCUAGGCUUCGGAAACAACCGGUCCGGCGGUGAAUUGUUUGGGCAAACCAGCGACUUUGCCGCCUUUCUUGACGUUCUCAAGGCUCGGUGCGACUUUUGGCACAUGGAAGGGACUAAAGAUUGGAGGAGAAGAGAGAGUCGGAUGGCGCCCCCAACAGAGUCUGGUGGUGUCGCCACAGGAGCCUAUCCCCAAGUGGAGACAGCGGGCAGCGGUGCCAGUUUGGCCCAGCAGAAAUCCGAGAAUGGGGGAGAAGUGCCAGUAAUGUACUUCUUGCCGUCCGAUGGCGAAGAGAUUUGGACAUCCGGGUUGCGGUAUGCGACAAGGUCGGGCGAGAGCUGUUCGGAAACCCAAGACUUGAGCUGGAAGCCCACCAGCCUAGUAGUCUAUGGAAGAAAAUUAGACAUCCCUCGGCAGUACGAUGGCGUUUCGUGCUGGGAUUUUACUGAGCUUGUCACCUCACUAGGGCCAGCGGACUAUGUCACAUUGGCAUCCAACUUUCAUACCUUUAUCAUUGACCGCGUCCCUGUGUUGACCGUGUCCAUGAAGAAUGAGGCGCGACGGUUCAUAACGCUUUUGGAUGCGCUGUACGAGUCACGGUGCAAGUUAGUUAUCCGAGCUGAGACCAACCCCGACCAACUCUUCUUCCCCGAGACAAAAACACAGUCGGCGGGGACAGACGCCGCUCAGGACGCCCCUGCGCAGUAUGAGGGCGCGGAAGCAACGUAUGCUGAGACGAUUGCCGAAGUUUACCAAGACCAAUUGUCGCCGUUCCGUCCGAAUAUAUCGACAUACUCAGAGUCCCCAAACUCAAAGUACGACCCGGAUCAAGACUCAGACUUCGGGAAGGAGCAAGACAGGAAGGUCGAUUUUAACAGGACUGCCGCAUUUACCGGCGAGGACGAACGGUUCGCAUAUAAGCGGGCGACGAGUCGGCUGUGGGAGCUCUGCAGCAUGCAGUGGCACACGCGGACGGGAGACUGGUGGCAACCGCUGCCGAAGGAGGCUAGGCAUUGGGAAGGGAGGGCGAUGUCAAAACCACCGCCUUCGCCUUUGUCGAAGCGCGCGCCGAGUGAGAUUACCAUGGGCGAAACCGUGGAGCUCGAGGAGCCCGCUGGCCUGGAGCGGCUCCGGAUUGCGAAACUAAGGGCUAGCGAGCAAUAG